CCUCUGCUGCUUUCUCAGGCACUUAGCAUGGCAGCAGAGCAGCCAGGACAUGAAUCUGUGCCUAGGGGAUGCUCCCGUUACAGGCAGAGCCCAAUCCAGUUGAGCCACUGCAUUGGUCUAUAAGUGAAUUUUUGAAUAAAUGAAAAACUGAGUUGUACUUUAAGUGUAUGAAAUUCAGCUGGGAGUACUUUACUCUUAGAUAAAUACUAUAUAUAAAACAGUUAAAUAUGUGCCAGUUUUAGAGAAAAAUAAGUAGACUACUAAGCCAUAGUAGUGUGGGAAGUGACUGCAUUCCAGUCAGCACUACUGUGACUGUUAGGUGUGAGGAUUGUUGGAAAAGAUUUUUGUUGAUUUUAGUAGAGGAAAGUAUUAUAAAUUAAUUGUACAUUCAUAGGCCAAACUGGUUGUGAGGAUUUAAAGGCUUUUUGCUUCCUAUGUAAGGCAUACCUCUGGGCUUUUGUGGUUGAACUGAUAACAUAGCAGGAAAGCUGAACAGACCAGAAAGGUGCAGCAUAUUGAACAAAGUACAGUGCAUUUAAAUAAAGCUAAGGGCUAUUUAAUAAUCCGUAACACUUUAUUCCCUGGAUCUGUCACUGCAGCAAAUACAACAUGGUGGAUUUGCUUUUGCGCAGAACUUUCUGCUUUGAUUUGGAGAUGCUCACGUAUCUAAGGAGUUCUGAAGAGGGCGCAGCAGCUACUUGUCUGCAUCCAUUCUUAGGAGGUCACUGUGUAGCUAAGGAGCCCUAAGUGAAGGACUAUUGCUGAGUAGUAAAGCCAACCAAUUCAAACAAUGCUAAGUAUUUGAUCCUACCUGCUGAUAAUGAAGAAUGAGGGGUUUUGUUUUGUUUUGCCUUUAAUCAUUGUUUUUACUCAAGGAGAUGGAUUUUGUAUAUCUGGAUGAAAGCUUACGGAUCAGUACUCCAUCUGUAAAUGAAGUUUUCCUGGACUGUUAUCGGUCUCCUGCAGUAUAGUCAGUCUCCUAUCCAGGAUGUUAUGUUAGCAGAUAACUUGCAAGAAAUAAAUUUUAAAUUUGGAUUUCUGGCCCUCUGUCAUACUUGAAUACCUCGAAAGGGGAAAUAGCUCUACCGUUAAGAGUAUUUUCCGUAACACACUUCUGUGAGUCUGAGCAUUAGAACCACUGUUCUUGCAGGAAUAUAAAUGUCCUUGGGGAAGUAUCUUGAAAUCCAGCUGUAUGAAAAUACCAGAGCACAGAGUAGUGGCUGGAUGUCUACUUCUACCAUGAAGUUGGAGGUAGUUAUAUAGGAAGAUUGUAACAACAUUCCAGAAUCAUUUAUAGUUUAGUUGCCUACACAAUGUGCUACACGGUGAACGUGGUUAUUUUACGAUAGCCUAAUGUGUGGUAGGACUUAAUGCAGUCCUGAAAGUUGGCCCUAGAGGGUGUUCGUAGGUCCCGGAACUUUACUGUUGGGGAUUUUUUUGCGGGAGGAACCGGAAAGGAGGUGGCUUCCGUCGUCGCGAUGCUGGGAGUCGGCAAGCUGCGCGCCUCCGGGGUUCGUCUUUUAGGAGCCGCUCGGUCCGAGUUCCGGCACGGCUUCUCCCGGACGGGGAAUCAACAUAGUUGGGCCCUGCAAAUCAAACCAUGGAUAUUCAAUAAUUACCGUACCGUGUGGUUCAGAUCCUAUGGGAUGGCCUUUUCCUCUUUAAAUAGAUGGAAAAGUUCCAGGCACCCUAGGAUGAAACUUUACAGUGCUUCACAGACCACGGUCGACAGCAGUGAAGUAAAAACCUUCCUGGCCCUGGCUCACAAGUGGUGGGAUGAACAAGGAGUAUAUGGGCCUCUUCAUUCUAUGAAUGACCUGAGAGUGCCAUUCAUUAGAGAUAAUCUUUUAGAAAGAGUCAGUGAUCACGAGCCUGGAAAACCUUUGUCUGGGAUGAAGAUUCUUGAUGUUGGCUGUGGUGGUGGACUGUUAGCUGAACCUCUAGGCCGGCUUGGGGCUUCAGUUAUUGGAAUCGAUCCUGUAGAUGAGAACAUUAAAACAGCACAGCACCAUAAAUCAUUUGAUCCAGUUCUGGAUAAGAGGCUGGAGUACAGAGCAUGUUCCCUGGAAGAGAUUGUGGAAGAGACUGCAGAAAUGUUUGAUGCAGUUAUAGCAUCUGAGGUUGUAGAGCAUGUAGUAGACUUAGAAACAUUUAUACAGUGCUGCUGUCAGGUAUUAAAGCCUGGUGGGUCUUUAUUCAUUACUACAAUUAACAAAACACAGCUGUCCUAUGCUUUGGGAAUUGUUUUUUCGGAGCAAAUCGCUGGCAUUGUACCAAAAGGUACUCACACAUGGGAGAAGUUUGUGUCACCUGAAAAGCUAGAAAGCAUUCUGGAAUCAAAUGGUCUGUCAGUUCAGAAGGUGACAGGAAUGCUCUAUAACCCCUUCUCAGGUUACUGGCAUUGGAGUGAAAAUACCAGUCUUAAUUAUGCAGCUCAUGCUCUGAAAGCCAGGGUACAGGAAGCUGCAGAGCCUGCUGAGUUUGUGUUAAAAGAAGAGGCAGAAGAGCUCCACGCUGAGCCUGAAGAGUUGAAGAAAUGAAUCCUUUCUGACAAGUGCAGUAAUGGGAUUUGAAAAUUCCAAGAUAUAGAAAGUAUAUAGUUUGUCUUUUAAGAGAGAAUCAUGAAAAAGAGACAGUCAAUAAAAAGGACUGUAUUGUU